AUGCCCCAGCAGCAUGAGAUCACCGUAAUACCGUCCGUUCACGGACCGGGAAUUACAAGACUUGUCUUCUCUAAGAAUGGACAGAAGAUCUUCACUGGUGGGACGGACAUGACUCUUCGUGUAUGGGUCACCGAUGCACCCACCGACCAAGAAUGCGAUACCUACACAGAACACGACGAACCUAUCACAUGGUUGGAUUGUACAAGAGAUACGCUUCUGACGGCCUGUGAGGACGCGGCGGUCAGGAUAUAUGAUGCUGAGAGUGCGGAAUGGAAGGGGUACUUGACUCGCACAGAGGCGGUUCCUAUACGGAGCGUGGUGCUGGAUCGGAAGGGCGAGAGAGCGGUCGUGACAUCCGAUGAGACUACAUUCAAGAUCAUCUCUCUUGCCGACACGACAGAGAUCAUCAAAGUUAGUGGGCACGCUACGCCCAUCCGAUCGGCGAGUUGGGACCCCAAAGGCGCGUACUUGACCACCUCUGGAGCCGAUGGGAAGAUCCUCAUCUGGGACCUGCUGCUGGGAGAUGAGCCGGUACAGACGAAGGUGCUGGAUAUUGCCCCGAAGGUAGACCAUGAGUCGAAUACUGCUAUAUGCGAGAUUUCGGCUAUUUGGCAUCCUAGUGGGAAGUAUUUUGUGGUAGCGACGAAGACGAACGAGAUCACCAUGUACAUGCGCGACACAUGGUCCAAAGGAGCGACAUUCGUAGGAGAUGGGCAUGCCGGGCUUAUCUCUGGCCUCGCGUUCUCGCCGAACGGCCUGUACCUGGCUUCUGGUGGAGAGGAUGGUCAGGCUGUCAUUUGGGAUACGGAGACGAGGAAGGUCAUAGACAGAGAAAAGCCAUCGGGAGACAAAAUUGCUGUAACUAACAUCGCAUGGUCUCCUACGGCAAAUGUGAUUGCUUUGGUCGAUGCUCAUGGAAGUUUUAAACGUUGGCGAGAUCCUGUACCUUCGCAUCUCCCGAGCCCCUUCAAGGCCCCAACAGAGCAUAAGAAGGCCUCUGCGCCAACAGCAAAGGAAAAGGACCUAGAGGAGGAACUAUUUGGUGGGGACGACUUCGACAUGGCGGAUUUCGAGAAAGAAGAGGAGGAGGAAGAGCUCGAGGAGAAAACUUGGGAAAGCUCUGGUGCAGCUAGGCAAAUGGUUGCUGUUGUACCUGCGCAACCGCCCUUCCAGCCAGGAUCAACCCCGAUGAAGGAUGGGAAGUGUUAUCUGGCCUGGAAUCUACUGGGGUUCGUACAGGCUAUCGAUCAAGGCUCCUAUCACUAUGUGACAGUAGAGUUCUAUGACAAGAGCAUGAGGACCGGAGAUCGGUUCCAGGACUACAGCCACUUCACCAUGGCUUCCCUAGGUGAGAGAGGUGCCUUGUUUACCUGUCCAGCGGAUGGAGGAAACCCCAGCAUCAUCGAAUACCGACCCUAUCGACAAGCUUCUUGGGCACCCGACACUCGAUGGAAACAUGAGCUUCCUGAAGGUGAAAAUGCCAUAGCGGUCGCUGCUGGUGGUAGCAGGCUUGAUAAAAAUGACGAAGAGGAAGGAGGUGUCGAUGAUGCCGCCGGUUGCGGGCAAGUGGUUGUGGCAACCACCAAAGGCUAUAUUCGCUUCUUCUCUGGAAGUGGCAUCCAGGAGUUUAUCUGGUCGGUGGGCGCGGAUGUGGUUGCCGUGGCAGCAGGAGAGGAAUGGACCUUCAUCGUCUACCGUGAAGGAGGCGUCAGUUUGGAUGGAUGUCAGAACUUGCGAUAUACCCUUAUUGCCUUCGACACGUUUGAGCCGAUACAAGAGGGUCGCCUGCCCCUCACGAAGAAAGUCACACUGAAGUGGAUGGGAAUAACAGAAGAAGGGGCGCCCGUGAUCUAUGAUUCCACGGGAGUUCUUCACGUCUUACAGCAUGUCCGAAGACCUGGCAAGGGCAUGUGGGCGCCUGCACUAGACACAAACACCAUGGAGCGACGUGCUGGGAAACAGGAGUCGUAUUGGCCUGUUGGAGUAACGGCUACUGAUUUCCACUGCGUGAUCCUGAAGGGCUUAGAAGAGUACCCAUCGCCGAACAAGCCUCCAGUUAUCGAGAACAAGCUUGCGAUGCCCCUCUUACGCAUGGACAAAAACGAGAAAGGCGAGCCUGGCGACGGCUUGUUCGAGGAGAAGGUUAUUCGUGAGCGUGAGGCUAUCAGCACUCUUCGUGAUGCAUUGGGCAACGACGAAGAAGACGAUGAAGACAUCCCCGCAAGAGAACUAGAGAUGGACAAGGCUCUUGUCUGGCUCAUUGGCAAGGCAUGCAUGACGAACAAAGUCCAGCGAGCCUUCGAUCUUUGCAGAAUGUUGCAGAGGCCAGCAUCCCUCAGGACGGCACUUCAACCUGCUCAGCGCUAUCACCACAAAGGGCUGGAGCAAAGAAUACUUACGUUGAUCGAAGACUUGGAGGAACGAGACCAACUCGACGAGCAUCGCCGGAAGAGGCAGAAAUGGGGCAUCAACCGUGCGCCUUUGGAAGCUGCCAUCCGCCCAAAAGAUAGCUGGCUUUCCAGCGGGUCCGAGAGUUUUCCUGUACCAGCUCGCGAACGUUCAUUCCUUGCUCCAGCCAUUCCGACGGUGCCCCGUAAGGCACAACCCAUGCCUUCGUUCGACUCAGGGCUGCUGUCCCAAAGCACUGUCCCUCCUAUCUCGCGAGACGCUUCCUUUGUUCCAGAAACGCAAACCAUGGCCGAUGAUCCGAUGGAUUUAGAAUGGCCACCCUCCCCACCUUCAAACGGCAAGAGGAAGCGGGAUGAUGAGAGUUUGACUGAGGAAGUCGAUCCUGCUGUCAAUGUCGCACCACCAAUAAAACGCAAGGCGUCAGAAGAGUCUUCAGCUGGGAAGCCAGCUCCACUCAAAUCCAUGAAUCCAUUUGCGCGCAAGUCAUCUGCACCCUCAAAUCCGUUCUCAAGAACCAAAGCCCAGAGCAUGAAUGAACCCAAUGCGGACAAUGGGAGAGAUGUUGGACUGUUGCCGAAAUCGGGAGCUAGCGCGAAGAGGAAGGAAUCUCAGACCCGCCAGUCAACCUUAUUCGGCUUGCCACCUGCGGCUGUACCCGAGGCUAAACGGGGACGUGGGAGACCCCCGAAGGAGGCCACCAAAACUGGGGAGGCCCAGAAGACCCUGGAUCCGCUGGCCAGAGAUGAUACGCUCAGUAUGGUUGAAUCACAAGGUGAAGAUGCCGUUGUGGCUGCGGACGGAAUGCGUCGAACCGGUACACCGCUUGCCGCCGAAACACUGAGCGCCAGGGAAGACGCAGGCGGUAUAGAUGAUGAUGAUAUUGGUACCACAAAGUCGAAAACAGCAAAACCGGACAGCACGACGUCUUCGGAUAAGGAAAAUCACGAGGACGAUAUCGUGCUCGAGAAAACAUCAGAGGAGUCUAUUGCUGCUGGGAAUGGUAAAGCUAAGCUUGCGGCGUUCCGAAUGAACGUCACGGUGUCAUAG